AUGACGGUGCCUUGGAAGGUCAGCGCUAUUGCAGCAUUAUGGCUAGGUGCUACGGCUGUUGGCGCAAGCCUUGAACAAGAAAACUCCUCUGGGGCAGCCGUGUUCACUCACCCAGUCUAUCCCAGAGUAUUUGUCGCAAGACAAGAACAAGAAAUCCCAGCUGAUGACCGGAAUCCUCCUCCUAUCGUCCCCAAUCCUCAGCCAAAUCAACCCGCAGGCCCAAACACGCCAGUCCCUGCUCCUGAGCCAGAAACAACAGCUGAGCCUAAUAACCCUCCCCCUCCAGCUACGACAACAGCGGCACCUGCGCCGCAAGAGCCAGAGAUUACCACGGCGCCAGGUAACCCUCCUGCUCCAGUUACGACCCAGAAGCCUGAUGAACCAGAGGAUCCAAAGACCACUGAUGUCGCUCCUGUACCAGUACCAGUUCCAGUUCCCAACAAACCUGAUGAUCCUAAGAAACCUGAUGACCCGAAGAAGCCGGAUGAUCCUAAAAACCCUGACGAUCCGGAAAAGCCUGAUGAUCCCAAGAAGCCCGACGACCCCAAGAUUCCUGACGCCCCCAAGAUUCCGGAUGUACCCAAGGUUCCUGACACUCCGGACGAUCCCAGGAAACCGGACAAUCCUCAAGACCCCAAAGACCCUGAGAACCCUGACGAUCCUAAGAAUCCUGGUGAGCCUAAAGACCCGAAGGAUCCUGAGAACCCAGACCCCAAAGAUCCAGAGAAUCCUGAUCCAAAAGACCCUGAAGAUCCUCAAAAUCCCAAUGAACCUGAUGAUUUCCCAAUUCUGACAGAGAACCAUAGUACUGUCUACGUAACAUGCCCUGCUCCGAUCGACUGCCCCGCCAAACAGACCCCCACCGUCACCACCAGCAUUUUCCCUGAGGAGUCAGUCCUCUUCGGCGAAGUACCAGCCGACAACGAAGCCAUUCCUACAAUGGAAGCGGUCGAAGACGAUACUUCUCGGUACUUCCAGCAGGUCUUUGACGAUGAGAAUAUUUCUAUCAACGACGCUCAACACCCGGAUGUUCAAUGCCAACAACAGAGUAGCGAUGACGUUCCUCGCGACUGUUUCAUGUCGAUUUACUCCAAGUUCUGCGCCGACGUCAAUGGCCAUGAGGGCGAUGAGCUUAGCAAGAAUCUCACUGAAGCCGACGCUGAGGGUGGAUCUCAAGAGAAGCGUGCGUCGCUUAACAUGAGAAGACAUAUGCUUCGGGAACGAGCUGAGUCUUGCGAGGGCUGGGUGUUCGAAUAUGAUUGGAGUGGUGCUAAGGGAGAUUGCCAAAUUCCUUGCGGUGAUUCGAUGUACGCUUUUGGCGAUGAGUGCUUUGACUCUGAGAACAGCUUUCUCGAGGGUACCAUUGAUGUAGGAUGCGGCACCUACAAGUACACCGCCAUGCCUACCACGUCAACGACAGCACCACCAUUUCACUUGACCGGUCUCCCAACGCUGACCGACGUUCCGGGACCUAUCUCUACUCCCGAUGGUAGUUCAUGCGCCGAGACAGCGACUAACACACAGUGUGCUCAGGGCGGCGGUGGCAGAGGCCAAGCUUGCGUCGAGAACACAUACUGCGCAUCGUGGGUCUCAACCAAGCCCACCGAAGCUCCCGCACCACCAGAGGAUAAGAUCACGCCGUUGGAACUGGGGCCAGUGUUUUGUAAGAACAGGGGCGGUGAUCACAAGGACGUCAGCCCAGGCGCCGUGAAGUCUUUAGCAGGUGCGUACUGCGAAACCAACUUGCCUGCUGACAUGAAGUCCGACAGCCCUGCCACUGGUAUUACAAAGAGCGAUUUGUAUUACUAUGAGGUAUCCUGGGUUGAGGGAUGCAAGACGACUGUGGAGUCGCAAGAUCCGUAUACACCACUUGGAAAGGAUGGUCCGCUUUGCAAAGACUUGUUUGUCAAGGCAUAUACAGGCUGUGAUAAUGGCGGUAUUGGAGGAUACAUUGAUGCGGGCUGUGUACGAUAUAUGCUCCUGGGAGCUCAGUAG